GGGUAGUUCUAAAUAAAUUAAAAAAAAUGGUAGUUGUUCACAAAUGACGUAGUUUUACACAAAAUUCCCUAAUAAUAAUAAAAAAAAAAUAAAAAAAAUAUUAAGAUUAGAGUUGAUAGUUUAGGUAAAGAAGGGUUUAGGGUUUAAGAAAUUCAGUAAAUCAACCAAAUUGAAGCUUGAAAGCUUCUCUUGAAGAACUUCGUCAAUGGAGUCAGUGCUAGGGUUACAAGAGACGAACUAUAACCUCGACGAAAAUCACAAAUUGGUUCCAUGGUUAAAUUGGGAAGAAUGGGAUUUCGUCAGACUUUCUCUCUUCUCUUCUUCUCCCGAUUCCAUUGCCAAAGCUCUUCGUAGAAUUGCGGCUUGGCGAUGCAGAGGAUGUUUACCAAUUGUGAUUGAAUUUACGGCUUCGAUUGUCGAAGUUCAGCAAAAAGAUCCUUAUUUUAGGGAGGAGUUAAGUAAUGGAGCUUCGGAUUCAGAGGAUAUACUGGCCAUGCUUUAUACCAUGGCUAUUAUGAGGCUUGUGAAUGGAGUUAUUGAGAAGACACGUAGCAAACCUGAUAUGUCAAUAGCUGAUGGAGCUGUAGAAAUCGGCAUGCCACGCAUGCUGGUCGAUGUUCGUCAUGAGGGUUCACACCGGGAGCUUCCUUCCCUUCGGAUACUUCGUUUAGCUUCUACUAAGGCACUCAAUUGGUUGAAAUCCUUCUAUUGGGAUUCUCAAAAGAAUGCUAUUCCAUACCUGAGUGGGAAAAGUAUUGAUGUCAGGAAGGAAAUCAGGUCCAAGCUACGUGAUCUAGCCGUCAGUUUGAAAGUCAAGCACAGCUCUGGAUCAAAUUCUUCACAAGUAAAGGAGAACCGUUUUAAACAUCGUGAACAAAUAGUUGGUGCUUUUCACAGACGCAAUAAAUUUUUGUCCGUUGUGGCUAAGAAAGUCCAAUCCUCUAAAUAUGUAGGAUCUAAGAAGCAGAUAAAGAGGGCUUUAAAAAGCCUUGUUAGAUUAUAUUCUUUCUUUUCAUCAGAUGUGGUCGCAGUGUUGCUGGAGUUCUUACUUAAUGCAUCAAACUCAAUAGACUUGGUGAAAGCUCCAGAAGAAAUUCAGAUUAAGUUGAGCUUAGAUGUUGCUGAGGCUGUAUUUGAUGAAUGGAAACCUGUGAUAAGUAAGGUCUCCAAAAAGGAACCAGAGCUACUUCUGAGUCUCUUAAAAGCAGUUCUUGACAUGAUUGAGUCUCGAAAACUCAUUAGAGAUGAUUUUGGCAGUGAACAUAUCAGCCUACUGCAGUAUGAUCCAGAGAUGCAAAGAAUUGGAGUUCUAUCUUCGCUAUUUAAGUGCCUGGUGCUAGUUCUCAAAGGUCUUAAAUUAUUUCAACACGAAGUAACAGAUGACGUGGGUUAUCUUCCUAAGAUAUCGUUGAUUGAGCUUGUGAGGAGAUGCUUUCACAUCGCAGACCCUGAUAACCGGGACCUUCUGGAUUCAGCCAUGCUGCUGGCAGAAAUGGUUCGAGAUAGCUAUCUGAGUGAGAAGCUUGGCAAAUUGUCUUCCCUCAUUAAACUUUAUCCAAGACUUGCUGAAGAUGGUGCUUCAGAUGUGAACCCCAAUGAUCUUAUACGUCAAGACAAGUAUAUUCAUGAAGCUGCUGAGAAAUUGGAAUUGAUUAAACGUCGUAAGAUUAACAAUGCAGGUAUCCGUAGCAGUCAAGAUGACAUUGUGGAAGAUUCAAAUAUUUGGGUCAUUGCUAAAUCAUGGAAACCAUGCCCUAUAGGAAUGUUGCCUCGUGAUGUAGGUUCGUCGGGAUGUCCACCUGUCCUUGACCAUGCUGUUGAUUGUGAAAAUAAGGGGCCUUUGAACUCAACGGAUUCCGAGAAACAUCUCGAAUUAAAGAGUUGCAGUAAAAGGAAACAUAGCGGUGAUACUGAGACAAUAAAUGACUCGAGCAAGGAGAUGAUGAGAGAGAUUCAGAAUUCCGAUUUCUGCAAGUCAGAUAAUUCAAAUUCUAUUGCAACAUCUGAUGGGAUAAAAGGUCUACUUUUGAUUGGUGGGGAUUGGCAAAAGGUGGGAUACCAAGAGCUUCAAGACAUCAAAUCCCGCAUCAGCAUUUUAGUGAAUAUGAGAUGAGUUGACUAAUGGACUACUCGUAUCCGAAUUUUGUUGUAAGUUAAUCACAUUUUAGAGUUUAGUUUUGGUUUUGCGUUGGGUUAUUUGCUACCACAGUUUUUUCCAAUGAUAAAUUAUUUGUUGUUAUGCAUGCUCGUCUUUAAGAUUACCUUAAUGACAUGUACCUCUGAAGAAAUUGUACCAGUUAUUGCAGUUUUAUGAACAGCCAGUACCUCUCGGCCAAUGUCAAGUGACGUGGAUCUUGAACGCCGAUAGCUGUAUUAAAUCGUCUGGUGGAAGAAGGCCGGCAGGGGCGACCUGAGAACACAUGAGCAGUACAGGAUAGCAACCUCCCCAAGAAACGUGAAUCCAAAUCACCCAUAUAUUGGUGAUCUGGUUUGGGAAGGGGCAGCAGAAUGCCUCAUUCAUGUGUUCUCAUAUCGCUCCUGUAGGACUUCGCCACCUGUAACUCGAACCUCUUAAUUAAUCUUGUGAUAGUGUGAUGAAUGGUUGCUGGUGAUUAUAGCUGAGGAUUUGUGUGUUGGAAUUUAUAGUGCAACUAGGAAAUCUAGUACAUGUGUACUCCAUUAGUCCAGUGUACUGCAUGAUAUAAUAUGGUACUUAGUUUAGGGAGUUGUACAACAUAUUCAUCUUUGAGUUUGUACUGCUGCUGAUGAUAUGGUACUAGCUUUGGAAACUUGUACUCAUGUUAUCUUUCAGUUUGUACUACUACUGUUGCUUUUGACCUUUUGUAACUUGUACUGACUUUGAAGUUGUCAGGCACUGUACUUCCCAU